AGCCACUGGAAGGGGAAAAAAGACAGCAUCUACUUAUGAAGUUGAUCAAGAACCUGGAAGAGGCAGAUGAAGGCCAAGAAAGACACCUCUUAAUGGUAUGACAAUCCCUAUGCCGAGAAGGACUUCAUUUGCUGAGUGGUUUGAAAAUCCAACUAGUUAUCAAUUACCUGUUGCACCUACUCCAUAUGUUGCUUCUCAAUCUAGUGCAAGAAACUCCAAUGCACCAACUUCAUAUGAUGCACCAGUUGAACCACCUGCUAAAAGGCCUAAGACAGUUGGGAUGGGUGUGUUUGUUGCUGAAGAUGGGUUUACUGCAUAUAAUCAUGGCUUGACAAGUAGUAGGAUAAUACACACUGGUUCAAAAAAGCCUAUAAAGUCAGCUGAUGUUACUGGAGACCUUGGUUACAAACCAAGGAUUAGAGUAAGGUGGAAGGGUAAAACAGCAGUCACAGCUUGA